AUGAGUGACAGGAAUCAGACCGAUAGUGAGAAGUCUCUAAGACUAAAGAGAGGGCUCCAACCACUUUUGGAAGACCAGCUGGAGCGUGUCAUAGAAGAACUGGAGAUACGCUGUUGGGAUAAAGUUCAAACCAUAGUUAAGACUGAGGAAGGACUUGGAAUCGAAUACGAUGAAAAUGUCAUAUGUGAUGUUUGUCGAUCGCCUGAUUCCGAAGAAGGCAAUGAAAUGGUCUUUUGUGAUAUGUGUAAUAUAUGUGUGCACCAAGCAUGUUAUGGUAUAACAACAAUACCAUCUGGAUCUUGGCUGUGUCGCACCUGUGCAUUAAGCCUUAGGCCAGAGUGUGUCCUGUGUCCAAACAAAGGAGGAGCAAUGAAGUGCACUCGUUCAGGUCAAAAAUGGGCACAUGUCUCUUGCGCCCUUUGGAUACCAGAAGUCAGUAUUGGAUGUGUUGAAAAAAUGGAGCCAAUCACAAAAAUCUCAAGUAUUCCAUCAUAUUGCCAGAAACAUAGUGUCACAAGUAAGAAGGAAAAAAGUGGAUCUGCUUCCGACGAUGACGAAUUAAAAAGAAAGAAACGGAAAGAUAUGACGUCUGAAGAAAAAAACCAAGCACGAGCGGCAAAAUUGCAAGAAAUUGAAGCUGAAUUUGACAAACAUGUGAGCAUUAAAGAUGUUACUCAACAUGCAGAUGUUGAUGCUGAAGGCAUUCAGUAUAUUUACAACUAUUGGAAGUUAAAACGAAAGUACUCAUUUAAAUUUCGGCCUUUAAUUACUCUAACCACUGUUGGUCUAUGGGAAUGAAUUAAAAUCCAAUGCAACCAAAUUGGUACACUGAGUAAAAUACUUACAGAAAAUUCAGAUAAACUUCGACCAAUUUCCUUACCUUUUCGAGAUAUUUGCGAGAAACUGUGUGCUCUGCCUUAAGGAGUGUGAAAGGAGAAUGAGGGUAAUUGUUUAAAAAUUUCUUUGAGACUGUGAAUUUUCUGUUGCUUUCAAGCACAAAUGUGCAACAUUUCAAUCUGAUUGGAAUAUUAAAGUUGUAUUUAAAAUUCCUUCUGUAGAAGAGAAAAUAAGUUGCCAAAAAAUAGCCCAAGUUAUUUAUAUAAAAAUUACUCUCUCUAGCUUCUUCCAGUCAAAGUUCUAUGGAAAUCUGUUUAGUUAUUACCAAGAUUAGUCCAGACAGAUACAAUUAUUGAAACCACCAUAAUAUGGAUUAUGUCAUAUAAAUAACUAUAUCAUCUUGUACAAAAUUUAUAUUAGAAUUACAGACGUUUUA